UUGAACUCCAGCAGCCAUGCAUCAUUUUGUAAUGCAAACGGCAUGGACAUGCUCAAAAUCUGAAAGCAACAUUUUGAACUAGAACUCUAGUAGCCAUGAGUGAUGUGCAGAACUCUAGUAUAAGUAGCAUACUCAAUCCAAUCCUUUACCAUCAAAUCUGUUCAUACUGAGAUUCUUCACAUAUAUAGAUUCUCCAUUCCCACAGAGACAAAGACAGAGACAGAGAUGGCAAGUCUGCAGCAUGAACCACGAGUUACAGGAGGGAGCAAUCGUGUUUCAGCUGUUGAUCUUUCUGUUCUCAACUCCAAAGACUUUGAUGAUCAUAAAGAUAUCGACCAUGAUCAGAAACCUGGAUGGAAAAGUUUUCUCUCCUUUGUUGGACCUGGUUUCCUAGUGUCAUUGGCUUAUCUCGAUCCUGGCAACAUGGAAACCGAUUUACAGGCAGGAGCCAACCAUAGAUACGAGCUACUUUGGGUGAUUUUGAUCGGGAUAAUCUUUGCACUUGUUAUUCAAUCUCUGGCUGCCAAUCUUGGUGUAAGCACUGGGAAACAUUUAUCAGAGUUGUGUAAGGCUGAAUACCCUAUCUUUGUCAAGUAUUGCCUAUGGCUGCUAGCCGAGGUUGCAGUCAUUGCAGCAGAUAUUCCCGAAGUGAUCGGAACAGCUUUUGCACUGAAUAUCUUAUUCAAGAUUCCAGUUUGGGUUGGAGUUCUCUCACUGGGAAUGUUCAUUCCUAAACUUAGUGGUCAAGGCGCCACUGGUGAUGCCAUUGCUCUACUUGGUGCCCUUGUCAUGCCAUACUUCUUGAUAGAGAGUGGCAUUGCGCUCUUUGUAGCAUUCUUGAUCAACGUCUCAAUGAUCGCUGUUUCUGGCACUGUUUGCUCAGAAAAAAACCUACCAAGUGAAGAAAUGGAUCGUUGCAACGAUCUCAACCUUAACUCAGCUUCAUUUCUUCUAAAAAAUGUUUUGGGAAAGUCCGGCUCUACUCUUUAUGCAAUUGCACUGCUAGCUUCUGGUCAGAGUUCAACAAUCACAGGCACUUAUGCUGGACAAUUCAUUAUGUCGGGUUUCUUGGACUUAAAAAUGAGGAAAUGGCUCAGGAACUUGAUGACACUGUCAUUUGAACUUCCAUUUGCACUCAUUCCACUACUCAAGUUCAGUAGCUCAAGUACCAAAAUGGGACCUCACAAGAACUCAAUAUUUAUCAUUCUCUUCUCAUGGGCACUAGGACUUGGAAUAAUUGGCAUCAACAUCUACUACUUGAGCACUGCAUUUGUCGAUUGGCUAAUCCAUAGCACUUGGCCAAAAGUGGCUAAUGUGUUUAUUGCAAUAUUAGUUUUUCCGGUCAUGGCUGCUUAUGUUCUCUCAGUGAUCUACCUUAUGUUGCGUAAGGAUGUUGUGGUUACAUAUAUUGAGCCAUCAAAAGGUGACCCUAUUGCUCAAGAUAGCAUGGAAAGUGGAAAUGAUGCUGAUAGAAGACCAGAGUUGACAAAUGCUCCUUAUAGAGAGGAUCUUUCUGACAUUCCAUUUCCACAAUAGUGUAUCUGAAACUUUCUGAGUGGAUUCAAAGGCGCUCAUUGGUAUCUAGCCUUCUUAAACAU